UGAACCAGUGAAUACCCAGUGCUCAUUCGGGGAGGUUAUAGAAAAUACAGAAGACGUGGGAUUCCGUAGGCCGAGUUUUGUGAAAAGUUUUAUAGUGACUCAAAAUCUGGCUCUCCUCUCGCCAGGAUCCCUUCGUAGGUGACGACGACCGCGUGCGCGAGUGGCUUAUGACGAGAAGCAUUCGAACGAACGGGGUGGGGCAUUUCCCUGGCAUUCGCAACCAGCGACAUCUAGCAAGCGUCCUGUCAACUUGACCGGCUUGCUGCAUUCGUCUCUGCUCUUUUUUUUCGAGGUUUUGUGACACGACGUCAUGAAGUCAAAUUUGGGACUGCUGCUGGCGGUCGUGGCGGUGGCCGCCGUGUUGCCGCUGCUCCUGGCGUCCGCCGAGAGUCGGCCCGAGGCCCAGACAUUCCUGCUCAACGACAAGGACCUGCAGGACUUGCGGGCCGGACGCCGCCAGCUUUUCCCGGGCUCGUCGACCCGCAACAACGACGACGAGGACGAAGGCGCCGCCGACACCGACGACGGCAACAACGAAGUCCUCGAUCGCAGGCCAGUUGAACCGGAAAUCACGACGUUCCGGCCCACACUGCCCCCCAACAUCCGGCUUCCCUCUGCGGCGGCGGCGGCUUCGUCAGCCGCAGUCGCCACGACAGCGGCGCCGGCGACGGUCCGCACGAGACCCGGCACUCUCAUCCGGCGCCCCCAACAACCCGGUCUUCGUCGUUUCCGAGCCAGGACGACAACGACGACUGCGAAACCCAGCAGUGGCGCCGACAAAGCCGACGAUGUGUCGACCAACGACGUGGAAGCGCCACCGCGACAGCGAGGUCCGUUCAUUCGGCGCCGAUUGGUCGCCCGACGCCCCGCGAUCGGCGAGCCCAACCCCGGCAGCACCACGGCGUCUUCGGACGCAAAUGCCGCCGCCACCACGCCGGCGUCCGCGUCGGCUGUGAGCAGCAGCCCUCAACCGCAACCCAUUCGUCGACGCCCGGGAUUCGUGCCCACGAGACCCAGGCAACUGGGUGCGGCCAACAACAACACCAACACUGCGGGACGGAACUUUAUCCGGUCUCGGGUCCGAUCCACGACAACCACUAGCACCACCACCACCGCCGCCACAACGACCACGACGACCGCCAGUCCGCCGGUGAGGUCAACCUUCGCCGCCCCGACGUUCCUGGCGACGACCACGACAUCUCGACCACCGCCUCCGUCGCCGAUACCAACGACGACGCUGACGACGCCACGCACCCGGCCGACGACGACCGUCUUCGUCGAGGAAGAAGAGGACCGAGAUCCGCCGUUUUCCGUGACGACGCCGGCUUUCACGACGCGUUUGGAACAAGAGCCGCUAUUUCCGCCGUUCCGGGCGCCGUCGAGAGACGUCGACAAUGCUCGUGGGAUCCCGCUCGUCCCUGGCGGUGGUGGAGUGACCUUUGGGCGUCCAUUCGGACCGCCACCGGGCCCCACUCCGUCCACGACGACACUGGGCACGACGACGUUCCAGCCGACGCGUGCAAGUAGCAGCAGCAGCAGUAGUGCUGAGACUGGGGACAGGGAAUCGGGUCGCAUCCGACCUUUCCGACCCCCAGUGCCGCCGCAGUUCAUCAAUAACGCCGCCCCGGCGCCGCAGCAGAAUUUCGAGGAAGAACAAAGACGAUUCCCGACGCCGACGCCACCGCCUGCUUUCCGACAGCCGCCGCAAAGACCGCAAGAGGAGCAGCAGCGAUUUCAGCCGCAGCCGCCGCCACGUCGCCCACAACAAACACUGCGUGAACAGGUGAACAACGAGGUGCGCCAAAGCAACGCCGUCGUGGAAGAGGUGUUGCGCCGGAAGCCGAUCCGCGAGCAGCUGCUCGAAGAAGAAGAAGAGCGAACCCGCCAACAGAAAGCGCAAGAAGACCGCAGACAAGAAGACAAAGCAGAAGAAGACAGGGCGAAGGCCUCAGCGGAAGCAGCCGAACAAGACGAAGAGAAGGGCCCUCAAACGGCAGUGACUGUGCGGAGGUACAACCGGCAAAACGAAGACGGGUCCUUCACUUUCGGGUACGAGAGCUCCGACGGGUCCUUCCGCGAAGAAACCCGCGGGACGGACUGCGUCGUUCGCGGCAAAUACGGCUACGUCGACCCCGACGGCGUCCGUCGCGAGUACACCUACGUCUCCGGCAACCCCUGCGACAAGAAAGAGAGCGAAGAAGACGAAGAGAUCCCCGAAGACGGGGAAGAACGACCCCAGCGGAGACCCGGAGGACGACCCCUGGACUCCGGAGACGACGACGAGGAAGAAGAAGAGGAUCCUUUGGCUCGUCCGAUUCGCCCGCCGCCGCCGCCCAUCAACCGCCCGAGGUUACCGUCUUUUGAGCAAGCGCGGCGUCCCCCGACCGCCAGACCCGCGCCGCCCAGCAGCACCGCCGCUCCGCGACCAGAGCCAACCACCAGAUUGCCGCCGCCACCGCCGCCUCAAAGACCGUCUUCGCCUCCGCCGCCGCAGAGAACGUUUCCACCGCAACAGCGUCCUUCUCCAGUGACGACGACGAUUGGAAGUCCACGCAGACCCACGCCACCGCCACCGCCGCCACCUCAACAGCGGCCGACGGACGCAUUCGGACGCCCAAUUCAGUUUGAGCCGCCGCGUGAGCAAGUGAGUGGACCGCCGCGGCCUUUGAUCCGGCCCCAAGGAGAAGAGGAGCCGGAGCCUGAGAGGGAACGACCAGAACUGCCGCCUCAGCAACCGCCGCCUCCGCCGCCACCACAGAGAACUACGUUCAGUCCUAUUCCGUCGAGGCCGACUCCACAACCGCCGCCAUUCAGUUUCGAUAACGAGCUCCAAGGCUUCGGUGUGGCGCCGUCAAGGCGACCUCCGCCACCACCACCGCCGCCACCACAACAACAGCAGCAACAGCAAUCGCGUCCCGGUCCGCCACCACCGCAGCCGCCGCCGUCGAGCGGAGAACAAGGCAACCUGGUCAACUCGGAGCUCAUUUUUGACCCAGUCACAGGUCAGUUCAAUACCAUCAUCGUGCAACAAGUGCCGAGGCAAGGACCGCCACCGAGCAGCAGACCACCGCCACCACCUCCGCCGCCGCCGAGCAGCAGACCACCGCCACAACAGCAACAGCAGCAGAGGCCGGGUUCUGAGCCAGAGGAGGAGCGCCGCAGACCAGGACCGCCGCCGCCGCCGCAAAUCGUGCAGCAGACUUUCGGAGGACCGCCGCCGGGAUUCUUCCAGCCGAAUUUCGGUAACCGACCGCCUCAGCUGCCGCCACAGCAGCAACAACAGCAACAACAACGACCAGGAGACAACAGGCGACCGCCGCCGGGAUUCGAACCCGACCAGCAGCGACCCGAUGAAGACGACGACAGGGAAGAAGAACCAGAUUUCCCCGGGUUCCCUCGUCCGCCACCCUCGCCAUUCAACUCCAACUUGUUCGCCAACUUCGGGCCGCCGUCACGCCCACCACCGCAACAGCGGCCGCCGCCACAACAACAGCAACAACAGUCUCGGCCGCCGCCACAACAACAGUCUCGGCCGCCGCCACCAACGCAGUUCACGGACGCUUUCGGGCGCCCAACGCCGACGCGCGUGAACCAAGUGAGCCAGCAGCCCAACUUCGUGCCUUUCGGACAGCCGACCAUCACGAGCUUCCCGGGGGCGACCAUCAGUCAGAGCUUCGGGCCGCCGCGACAGCCCGUGGCCGCCCCGGGCCGCCUUUUCUCGGGCUUCCAGCCGAUCGCCGGCAGCCCGGAGCGUCCGUCGGGUCCCCAGUCAGGCUUCUUCCAGCCGCCACCGCCGUCCCAGCGAGACCAGACGGGCUUCCGGCCGCUUUUCCCGCCGCCGCCGCCGAACCAACAGGGGCCCACUCAGGUCACGCGGUUCGGCAACCCCAACAUCAACUUCUUCCCGCAAUUCCAGCGCAGGAAUUUCUGA